UUCCCAAAACACUAUUCAGUCCGCCCACAAAUAGCAACAAUAAACAUAUGGCAUAACAGGUAAUAAGCAGAGGAUUCAGCUGAUGUUCUGCGGAAAAGCCAAAAGCAGCGAUAACAAGCCCCAAAAGCUGGCCAGCAGCAAGAGGGCCGUGAGGUGGUGUGCUGGGCGGGUGGUGCCAAAGAAGUGUUAUCUACUUGCGUAGGCUCUGAUGCCUGCUGAGAUAAGACCCGGACCUGGAGCCGGAGGCGUAACGAGGCGAAUCAACCCAUCCCGGAGCCGCCGAAAUGGGCUGCAUCACCAGCACCAACAAACUGAAUGAGCUGCGCCACGACAACGUCUUCCGGGUGCGGGUGGCUCACCUGCAGCCCAGUCCCGGUACGCCCAUCAUCCGCAGCGGUUACCUGGAACUAACCCCGCGUGAAUUGAUUUUUCUUACGCCUGGCUGCGAGCCGAUUGUGUGGGCCCUGCAACACCUUCGUCGAUACGGACUCAAUGCGGAUCUCUUUUCAUUUGAGGCUGGGCGACGCUGCAUGUCCGGUCCCGGCAUUUACACGUUUCGUGUGAACAAUGCCGAACAACUGUAUCCGAUGUUCCAGCGCUACAUCAAUGCGGUCAACACGGACGCCUUUGCCCAGGGGGAGCGCGAGAGAAUCAACUCGGCGCACUCGGUGUCCGUGCUGAUGGGCCGGACGGAUGCGAGUCCACACAGCAACAACUAUUUGGAGCCAGCCCCAAUCGCCCGAAAUCUUGGAAGCUCUCUGCCAGAAUCUGCCAAUGCCAAUGCCUCCUUCCAGAUGCCAACUGAGUCCACAGUACAGCUCGAGGAGUCUCAAAGUCUCCACUCGCCCGUUCUGCCCUUCACGACGUACGCCAAUGCCCAGACCAAUGUUUAUCUCGACCAGCCACUGAGGGCCAUCCCAGAUUGCUGCAAAGAUGGAGGACCCUCCACUGGGGGCUUGCCCGCCAGCAAGGACACGCCGCCCAGCAGGCUGAGCAUGCGUCGCCGAACACUGGAUAUGCCGCCGCUGGAGACGGCACCACCACCAGCACCCGUGACUCCCGUCGAGGGUGUGCACAUGUAUGCCAAUGUAGAGACGCCCCUCUUCGAUCCAAGCACUGAGCGCUGCUACGAGAACGUAAACCGCUUGGAACUUCCGCUGUUGCCGCCGCUGCCGCCAAGAGAGGUUAGCCGAGAGUCCUCCGAGCCUGCCACGCCCACCAGUCUGGCGGGCAACUUCAGUGGUGUGAACUAUAUAGUCCUUGAUCUGGAUCAGCCGCGCAGCCCCGUUAGCCAGUGCUCACCCAGGAUGUAUAAUGGCUUUGGCAGCGGUCUCUCCUUGGUCACUGUGACCACAGCCGAAUCUUUGGCACAGGCAAAAACAGCGCCAGUGACGCCCGAGGCCAGCUCUAUGCUGGAUGUGGCCAUGCCGCCGCCACAGUCCCAUAGCCUGAACAGUGUGUCCAGUGCAGCGGUAACCAUGGAUAUGGUAGACACUGCGACGAGUAAGCAAGCAACCAAAGCAGCAGUAGAGUCAUCCACGACACAGGGUUACUCCACCAUUGACUUUAUACGAACGUAUGCGCUGAACAAGUCAUCGACGGAGCUACCGGAGCUUCGCCAUCAUCCGCCGCACGAGGCCGAGGAGUUGAGGAUCACGCGGCACAGCAAAUGCAUCCGAAAAGCCUACUCGAUCAGCGAAUGAGCAGCGGCAGGCACGGGCACAACGAAUUUUAUCAACGCCAAGCCAAAGGGAAAAAGGAAAGAUUUGUUUUCCCUGAGCAAAGCACUACCCCAAGGUAUAUUAAAUAGUGGUCAAGGGGGUGUGUUGUCCCACUCUCAUUAUAUAUAAUGGUACCUAGACACAAAUGGUAACCAGCAGGUUGUUUCAGUCACACACAUGACUUGCAUACGUACUUAAUAUGUAUUUAUAUAGUGGUAUUUAGACAUAACGGGCUGUUUAGAGCUAGUCAUUUGGAUAUUUUAUGCAAAUUAAUCGUAGACAAAACAGGACAGAAAGGCUUUUAACAUUUAAUUUGUAUGUAUAUUGUAUAUUGUACAUGUGUAAGUUGUAGUUUUUAAGCACGUGCAAGAAUUGUUGUGGGUAUGGGGGAAACGCUUUUGUAGUUUUCUUUUUUGUUGCCAAAAAAAAAAAAAAAAGAGUCAGAAAGCAUCGCCACAUUGCAUUGUCAGCUGUGAGUUUAUAAUUUUUAUAUAUAUCGCCAAAUUGUUAUUCGAGUUGUUAGGUAUUAUACACACAUAAACAGUUUUUUGCAGUUGCAUACAACAUCCAUACAUCAAAUAUUAUUAUUGUUAGUGUCUAAGACGAAUUUGUGCAAUAAAACGAAAGGACCUUGUAACUGGU